AUGAGGAACCCCAUCAGCGUCCUGCGCGAGCAGUACGAGCUUGCGCAGUUCAAGCUCGCGCACUCUCGACACCCCCGUGCCUGGGGCUGGCUCUUGGCCAUCGUCGCCAUUGCCGUGCUCGGCGUGAUUGGUAUGCUUCCUACCCAGCUUGCCCCGUUGUAUGCUCGUGCAGUCUUGAACACUGGCGGCGAUGGCAUGAAGGGACUGACUGGCUUCAUGGUAUCCGACCCAGCCAUCGUCUAUGCCAUCGUCGUCGAGACCAACCACCAGGGUAUCCCGCCCAUCGAUCACGACAACGGUACCUCUGCUCUCCACGAUGCCCAACGCCGCUUGCCGCUGAUGUCCGUCGACAUCAACGCCACGAAUCUCAUGUCCAGCCCCGUCCUCGUUGUCGAAGAUAACACCCCUGGCUCUUCCACAUUGGUGCUCACCAAUCAGCUCCGCCAAUCCGAUGCGACAACUGCACCCACGGCGGCUUGCCAGACCCAGCCCUCGGGCAUAGUCAACCUUGCCAAGAACAUCGACUGUAGUGUCAACGAACACAGACUGGCCAACACAACCACUGCACGUGUAGCCGCUCGCGAGGCCCAGGUCCAGACCUCGAACUGCCACUGUUCAGUCAAGAGCCCCUACCCAGAAGCCUGGCGAAACUUCCAGCUGUGGCUUGCCGCAUGGAAGGAGCUCUAUGUCCGACUGGGCAACGUCACGGUCCUCUGGCGAGUCCAGCUCGCGAACUGGCUCAACCCGAAGGUCGGCGACGACUUUGUGCGCAGGCUGGCCAAGGGCUGCGAGAAGUGCGAGCUCGUGCGCGACCUGCGGCACCACAACGAGCAGCUGCGCGCCGGCCUGCAGAAGGCGACGGACCUCGCGGCCAUGCAGAAGGAGCUCCUGUACGCCCAGAAGCACCUCAUCCAGCAGCAGCGCCGCCAGCUCUACGACGCCGACCGCUUCAACGUGCGCUGGGCCCUGCAGGCCAAGCGACUCCUGCGCCAGUCGCCAUGCGGUACUUACUACCUCGAGUAA